UGGCGUGGCUCCCGCGGACAGAUCUCAGGAGGGCCCUGCUGCCGCGGAGAGGAGGGGUCGUGGGGCCUGGUGCCCAGCAGGAGAGACAGGUGCCACACUCUCAGCUUAGCCUCAGAGUGUCAUCUUGACUCAGUCCUGGUUGCUGCAGAAGUCAGUGGUGGUGACCAGCACCUCUUAGUUCCAAGGGUUGGCAACACACACAGCGGCCUCUCAGCCUCUCCUGCCGCCUGUUAGGAAGUGAUGCCAUCUAGACAUAAUAAGAAUCUCUCUUUUUAAAUUGAAGUUCAACAACUCAAAACCUGGUGGUCUCAGAAUUAUAAACUGCUAAAUGUUAGUGAUGGAAGGAAAUCAUUUCUACUGUGACCAUGCAUAUAAUAAAAAACUCUCUUUCAUUUCUCCACUUUCCAGGCAAUUGCAACAUGACUUUCCCAGGGCCCUGAUUUUCAGCACGGAUGAUUUUUUCUUCAGGGAAGAUGGUGCCUAUGAGUUCAAUCCUGACUUCCUGGAGGAAGCUCAUGAAUGGAACCAGAAAAGAGCCAGAAAAGCAAUGAGGAAUGGCAUAUCCCCCAUUAUUAUUGAUAAUACCAACCUCCACGCCUGGGAAAUGAAGCCCUAUGCAGUCAUGGCACUUGAAAAUAACUAUGAAGUUAUAUUCCGAGAACCUGACACUCGCUGGAAAUUCAACGUUCAAGAGUUAGCAAGAAGAAACAUCCAUGGAGUCCCAAGAGAAAAAAUACACCGAAUGAAAGAACGGUAUGAACACGGUGUUACCUUUCAUAGUGUGCUUCAUGCAGAAAAACCAAGCAGAAUGAACAGAAACCAGGACAGGAAUAAUGCAUUGCCUUCCAAUGGUGCAGGAUACUGGAAUACCUACACAGAGGUUCCAAACCGGAGGGCUCAUGGCAGCUUCACAAAUGAGGGAUCCUUUAACAGAAGGGGUGGUUGUCACCAUGGAUAUUAGAGGCCUAUCUUAUAGCCAUUCAGAAUUUUCCUAAAUCAGUUUUUACUUCAAUAUUUGGUAUUCUUUGGUUUUAGUCAGAGCUCUAAUUCCAGUGUAAAUAGUGGAGCCCAAAAGUUUCUGAGAAGUCAUUAUGUUCAUUAUCUUUAACUAGCAUUUGUUAAAGUGCACCUAUAUGCAUGGUCUGAUGCUGGGAAUUCUGCAGAGAUUCGAUUAAACAAAGUCUCUUUCUCUAGGGAAAGAAUGAAUUUGAAACCGAAACCUGAGAACAUACCCAAGAACAUAAUCAUAGUUAUAUAUGUUCAUAAGUGAAAUAAAGUGUUUAUAUUAUAUAUAAGCUUCAGUACAACUUUCUCUGAAGUAAUCUAUUUAUUUUUUCAAGAAAUUCAUCUCGAUCAGAAAAGUUGGAAAGGUGAGGGAGGAAAAGUGGGAGGCAGGAAAAGUUUUAGCGCUGUUGCUACUUUGAUAGUCUUUGUAUCCACAAAUGUGAGAUGUGUUCCUCUGAUGAUACUGAUUUUCCUUUAAAACUAAUAUGCUAGAAAGUACACAUCUAAGGGAACAUGGUUCUUCAAAGUAGACACUUUGGGAAGUUAUUCCUUUAUUUUAAUAUCAUUGUAAAAAUGUCUAAUCCCUAAUAGCUAUAUAAGCCACUGAGGGAAAAUCAGCAUCAUUUAUAAAGUCGUACCUUGUGUUUUAACCACUUUAUUCAGUAGGAUUAAACCUAACUUUUGGCUAUUGUGCUAACAGUGUAAAUAAAGUGUCUGUCUUCACAAAACAUUGAUUUUUAAAAGGAAAACCGAUUUCUAAAAUUAUGCCUACAAAUGUGUGUAAUUAGUUGGCAGCCCAAAUACACGGGAGUGCAAGAAAUCAAGCACCCUAAGAUAUAGAUCAUACAGGGAUGUGUAAAAACCAUGCUCAUUAUAUGAUGAGCAGUCUUGAUGUUUUAUGUGGCAUUAAGACAGAGUGCUAUCACAAGUCUGGAAUGUCCCACUUAUACCGAUAAUUAAAGUUAAAUUCCAAAUUUAUGAAUCCAAAGUAAAUUCCAACAGGUUGGAGUCAGAUUAAUUUGGUGUGAUAACAGGAUAGACAAGAUCACGUAGGAUGUAUGCUCUAUUUCUUGUUGGCCAACAGCUUCUUUCUAAUGUUCUGUGAAGUAUUAUUUUAAGUGUCCUAUAUAAAGGUGCUUUUAUGGUUACUGAAAAUUGUAUAUGGUACUGCAUUUAUAUGGACUUGUCAUUGAAUUUUUUUUUUUGGUUCGACAAUAAAAACAUUUAAUUACCCAAAUCCUGAGGAAUUCACCUGUAUAAUAAUUUCUUCUAUAUCAUAAGCUUAUUUACCAGUUUUCUUUAAUAAAUAGGAGGCAUAAAGGUCAAGACAAAAGCAACUGUCUAUUUUACUUGCUUAUAUAAUUUGAUCUGUGCACAUUAGAAAGACUCUUUUACUUUAACAUUCCAUUAUCUGACAUUAUUGAAAUCUACUCAGCAUCUUUAAGACUACCAGCAAUGCAUCUGUCAUUUUUUCUUAACAUUUAAAAAAUUGGUAUUACCUUUAACAAAGUUUGGCUGAAACUAAUAUUAUUCCUAUUUUCCAGGCCCAGGUGAUCCUGGGUAUCUUAGUCAAUAUAGUUACUACAGAACCAGCUCAGUAUGGGUGGCCUGACUCACCUAGGUUAGCAGAGGGGAGAAAUGUCAGAGCCCAAACUGGGAAUUACCUUCUUGAUUCCCCAGCAGUCAAAACAGCCAGAUCCAAGCCGUCCUGGCUCUCUGCUUUGGGUUUUUGGUUCACUUAGGUUGAGUGAGUGGCCACUAUGGAGAAGUGGCUCUGGGUUACAGAUCCAGAACUUUCACACAGCAUUGAAGAAGUUUCCUGGUCUAUUUAUGUCUCUUCUUUUCCUGGAUGACUCCUGAAACACUUGGUUUGGAAGCAUAAAAAUAAUUGAGUAAAUACUGCCAACUUUACCCCAUCUAGAAGUAAUCUAUUUUUCCUCUCAACAACCAUCGCUCCUGACUUAUGUGACAUUUUGAGCACCCAUUAACUUGUAUUGUUUUGUGUAUUACUGUGUGCCUCAUUCACAGAGCUAGCAAGUGUUCCAUAUGCACAACAGGCUCUCAUUGUUAAAUAAAUACCACAAACUGCUUUUAUCAUU